AUGAAUGAAAAAAAUCUUUCCCUUCCUCGGAUCUCGAGAUUCGCGCCCGGCGCGCUGUCCGCCAAGAUCGACCACCGGUGCCGUGCCAAGCAGGCAGGCAGCAGGCCAACGAAGCGGAGAUCGCGUCAGUGCGAGGGCGCGAUGGCGACGUGCCUCCUUCACGCGACGGGCGUCGCGUGGAGGCGCCCGCGCGGGAGGGUCGCGGUAGGGCGGCAUCGGCGGUGCAUCGCGCGCGCGGUCGCGGCGCGCGAUGACGACGGCGACGGGGACGACGACGCGCCGGGCCCGUCCGGUCGGGGAGAAUCGAUGGUGGAGCCGAGGCGACCCGCGGGACGGAUAAAAGACGUCGCGAGUUCGCGGCCGACGGCGACGUUCCCGACGCCGCGCGACGAAACGGGCGAGGGCCUGCGUCGCGCGGUCGCGCCUUGGGUGGAUCCGCGAGGGAACGCGGACGCGCCCGGGGACGAGAAGCCCGCGGACACCGAGCUCGUCAUGGUCCUGGAGCGACGAGGCGAAGGCUGGAGCGAGGAGAUCUUCCCGCACGUCGUGAUGAAGCGCGUCGCGAGGGACCGGAGCGCCGCGGCGGUGCCGAAAACGAAACCACCGGACAGCGCGCAGACGUUCUUGAUCGAGCAGAUCGGGUUCUCCCCGGACGAGGCCGCGAGCAUCGUCGCCGCGGCCGCGGCGUGGAGGGUCACCCGAGGCGGACGCGCGCUCGUGGAUCGAAAGCUCAUGCGCGCGGUCCAAGAAAAUGCGAGGACGGCGGUGACCUUCUUAGUCCAAGCCGGGGCGAAACGCGACGACGUCCCGGAUUUGCUGCGAUCGACGCCACAGAUUCUCGCCAUCGUGCCGAACUCGGACUGGAACCGGCAGCUGCUCUCGUACAUCGUGCGCACGAAAGCCCCGGGCGGGGGACGGUUCGGACCGGUGCGUAUACGAUACGCGAGGUCCAAGUCCCCGGACCCGCUGAAACCCUGGGUCGAGGACGUUCGAAUCAAACGGCAGCUCGGCGAGUUAUCCCAAGAGCAGCUAUACAUGAUCGACGUCGCCGGGUUCGACGCGGACGUGAAGCCGAAGAAGACCGAAUCGGGGAGGACGUGGGAGGUGUGGUUCGACGAGCUCGUGGAUUACAGCGUCACGAGCGGGACGUGCGAGUUCCCGGAGGAGCGCAAGCACGUCGGCCUCGCGCGGUGGCUGGACCGCCAGAAGCAGAAGCAUGCGGACGGUAAGCUCCCGAAGAAGGCGCGCGAGCGGUUGAUUAAUCUCGGAGUGAAGUUCGAUAAGACCGAGACCGAGAAAGCGGAGGAGGAGAAACUGGCGAAGAAGAAAGCCGCGAAGGGAACGCGCGCGAAGGGUAAGAAAGCGAAAGAUACCGCGUCUACGUCCACCCCGGGUUUGAACUACGACGAGACCGGCGGCGGCGGCGGCGAGUCGUGGGACGGGAACGAGACGUCCCCCGCUGGCGGGUGGGAGUCCGCGCUGGACUCGUACACGAUCAUGAUGUUGUCGUCGUUCCAGGCGUACGUCAAGGAAGAGGGCGAGUACGCGGAGCCGCCGUUCGGGUCGCAGCUCGCCGUGUGGCUGGCGAAGACGCGCGCGCGCGCGGAGAGCGGCGCGAUGCCCGAGGACGAGCGCGAGGCGCUCGUGAAAGCGGGCGUGGAGCUGCAGAACUUUUCGUUAUCCUGGCUCAUGGAGCUCGAGCAGUUUGCGGCGUUGAGGAAGCACAAGGUGACGCUGCACACGCCCGCGGGGCUGACGAAGUUUAUCCGCGAUCAACGCGCGCGCGCAGCCUUGGGGCAGCUCACGGACGCGGAGCUGAAACGUCUGCGCGCCGCGGGGAUGUCCGGGCUCGCGGGCGCGCUCAUGCUGGACGAGAGCAUCUUGGAAGAGGUGGACGGCCUCGUGUUCGAGAUCAAAAAGACGAAACCGGCGGAGGAGCCAGAGCCGGACAUGUUCGAGACGAUGGUCAGAGAGAACACCGCGGCGAAGGACGCGGCCGCGGCGAUGCGUAGGGAAGCCAAGCGCGCCGCGAGGGAGGGGAAGAAGCCGUCCAAGCCGGCGACCAUCCCCGCGCGGGCGAGGGCGAGGAUGAUCGGACCGCUGAAAUCGCCGCUGACCUCCGCGGUGAAAGAACGGCCGCCGGCGAAGGAGCGGCCAAAGCCGAGACGAAUCCCGGGGCGCGGGCCCGCGGUCUCCGCGUCGCAGGACGAGGAGACGGCGACGGAGACGGCGGAUGAGGAGACGGUGACGGAGACGGCGGACGAGGAGGCCGGGAUCGUCCCAGUGGAGGCUCGCAAGUGA